UCUAACGCUCUCUUCCACAUCGUGGAAACGCGUUUCAAUAUAUGCAAUAGUAGUGCAACACGCACUUCCUUCCACUUUCCCGUGCUUCUUCUCCAUCCCUCAUCACCUUCUUCUUCUUCUUCUAUUUCUAUUUCAUCAAAUACUCUUGAACGAUUCACGUAAAUAAUAACAAUGGAAUCGGAGAAAACAACCACUCUCAAUCUCAUCUUCGGACCCUACACCAGACCUUCAUACCCAAUCCUCCUUCUCAUCUUCACCUUCCUCGCCAUCCUCUCUCUCCAAUUCUCCUCCCGCUCUCUCUUCCCCCUCUCAAUCCUCCUCUCCCAAUCGCCACAGCACUCCCUCGAUCCCACCACAUGCUCUUCUUUCUUUCACGAAGUUCCUCCCAGAAAAAUCAUCAAGUCGAUCGUUGAUUUCGGCGGCGUAGGUGAUGGCAAAACCUCCAACACCCAAUCGUUUCGAAACGCGAUUCGAUACAUGCAACGCUUUCAAAACAAAGGUGGGUCCCAGCUUAAUAUCCCCGCUGGAACGUGGCUUACUGGUAGCUUUAAUCUCACCAGUGAUUUCACGCUUUUUCUUCAUCACGGUGCGGUUAUUUUAGGUUCUCAGGAUCCAAAAGAAUGGCCUAUUAUUGAACCUUUGCCAUCUUAUGGAAGGGGAAGAGAGAGGUUAGGAGGAAGACACAUUAGUCUUAUACAUGGGAAUGGAGUCCGUAAUGUUGUAAUCACAGGAGAAAAUGGAACAGUUGAUGGUCAAGGGAGGAUGUGGUGGGAGCUUUGGUGGAACAGAACAUUGGAACACACAAGAGGCCACCUCCUUGAACUCAUGAACUCAGAAAAUGUUUUAGUUUCAAACCUCACCUUUAGAGAUUCUCCUUUCUGGACCAUCCAUCCUGUUUACUGCAGUAAUGUUGUGAUCAAAGGGAUGACAAUCUUGGCCCCUCUUAAUGCCCCAAAUACUGAUGGCAUAGACCCAGACUCGAGUACCAACGUGUGUAUUGAAGAUAACUACAUAGAAAGUGGGGAUGAUCUUGUAGCCAUCAAGAGUGGUUGGGAUCAAUAUGGAAUCAACAUGGCUAAGCCUAGCACAAACAUCAUAGUUAGAAGAGUUUCAGGCACUACCCCAACUUGCUCUGGAGUAGGAAUAGGUAGUGAGAUGUCAGGUGGAAUUUCAAAUAUUAUAAUUGAGAAUUUGCAUGUGUGGAACUCUGCAGCCGGUGUUCGUAUAAAAUCUGAUAAUGGCAGAGGGGGGUAUGUAACAAAUGUGAGUAUAAGCAAUAUAAGAAUGGAGAGAGUGAAGAUACCAAUUAGGUUUAGUAGAGGUUCAAAUGAUCAUCCUGAUGAUGGAUGGGAUUCAAAAGCUGUACCUAGAUUUAAAAAUAUUUCAAUCAGCAAUGUGGUCAGUGUAAAUUCAACAAAAGCUCCGGUUCUGGAAGGUGUAAAGGGUUCAUCAUUUGAAGGCCUGUGCUUCAAAAAUAUUACUCUUCUUGGUGUAGCCUUAUCUGCUAAAUGGCGCUGUGAAUAUGUCGCUGGUUUUGCUAAUGGCGUGUUCCCUGUUCCGUGUCCUGAGUUGCAGAACAAUGGCACUUCAUCAUGGUGUUGACUUUACUGAUUCACUGAGUGCGGAUCGUGAAUGGUUUGAAAUUUCAGCAUUGUUGAAAACCAGAUCAGUUGACUCACAUUGUUGCUUAAUUGAGAAGUUUUCUCAGUCAUGCUCAAACGGAUUAUUUUGCUACAUGUGAGAAAUGAGUUGCAAUAACGGAUUGGGCUUGUGAAGCCUGAAAUUAUACAACAUGAGACCUUCCUGCCUACCUCUGACAUGGACUAAUAAUCUGACUGGUUUCAGAUUUGCGACUGAAAUGUAUAUGAUUACCGUGAAUUUGAUUGAUAUAUCAUGUCAAGCCCCCUAUCUAACCCUGGUUGGUGCUAUAUUAUGCGGAGUUGCACCUUAAUUUUAGAGGUUUAACCAAUGAUUUUUUCUGUUAUACUUGAUUGUUUUCUUGAACAUUAUUUGUUACUGUUGUACAGACAGUUUAUUCCCUGGGAGAGAACCCAAACAUAAAUACAGUAUAGACAAAUUUGACUCA